AUGUAUCACACGACAGUACAGUUCGCUCUGUUUUUUCUAAUCAUCUGUUGCUACCGGGCUUGGCGCAACUUUCGCGCAUGGAAGCUGCUCGGUCGCUUGCCAGGUCCACUAAAUCUUCCCUUUAUAGGCGCGAUGUACGUGGUGCCCGGUGCGGAUACGUCACGAUACCUGCAGACUUUAGUCAAUCUAACCCAAACCUACGGAUCUCCACUGUGCCUUUGGAUAGGCCCAAAGCCGGUAGUGAUCGUGAGCUCAGCAGGUCAUGCUCGAACCAUUCUCACCUCAUCGGCCACCGUGGAAAAAGCUAGCUUCUAUCGGUUUACACCGCUGCGCGGAAUUUUUUCGUUACCCGCCCACAAAUGGCGAAUCCACCGGAAAGUGAUACAGCCCAGCUUUAACCAGUCAAUUUUACGAAGCUUCAUACCGUUGUUCGAACAAAAAGCGAAUGUAAUGGUUCACAGUUUAGACGCAAUGGCCGAGCAGGGUGAACCGUUUGAUAUCUAUCGAUGUACUGCUAGAUGCACGCUAGACAUGAUAUUUGCUACAACAUUGGGAACGGACUUACACAUUCAGGAUGCUCCAACAUGCGCUUAUUUGGAUGUACUCGAAGAGUUAUUUGAAAUCGUGACUAUUCGGGCGGUGAACAUUUUCCUCCAUCCACAGUGGCUCUAUCGCUGGACCUCUGUUUAUCGCAAGGAAAAGAAGGCGUUAAGAGAAUUUUGUGCCCCUUCUAAGUCUAUUCUGUCAGAAAAAUCGUUGGCAAAUGUUCAAUCUCCAGCGAACAAAAGCUCGUUCAGUCUUGUUAGGCAUCUACAGGCGUCGAUCAUAAGCGACACGGCCAACGAGGACGUAGAACACGAACUAAACACUAUCAUAUUCGCCGGAAAUGAAACUAGUGCAAUGACAGUUGCCAAUACUAUCCUGCUGAUUGCAAUGCAUCCCGCGGUACAGAUGAAGCUAGCAGAAGAGCUACAAGAACAUUGCGGAAAUAACGUGGAAUCUAUUAACUACGAUACGUUGAACAAACUAACCUACAUGGAUAUAGUUCUUAAAGAAUCGCUGCGAUUGCUACCGAUCGCAGCCGUUAUAGGACGCAGAACGACACAAGAAUUAGACCUGGGAGAUUAUCGAUUGCCAGCCAACGUCGAUGUGGUCAUUGAUAUAUACGACAUCCAUCGGAAUCCUGCCUAUUGGGGCAAGGAUGCGGAUCAGUUUCGCCCGGAAAGGUUCGAAUCGUUAAAAUACGACCACUAUACGUUACUCGCUUUUAGUGCUGGGACAAGGAACUGCAUAGGACUCCGUUACGCUUGGAUUUCGAUGAAAAUCAUGUUGCUGAAAGUGCUUGCUCGAUAUCACAUCGAAACGGAUCUCAAGCUGGAGGAUUUGAACAUGAAAAUGGCCCUAACUAUGAAGAUAUCCAACGGACAUAUGGUAAAGCUUACACACAGAAGUCAGUGA